GCAUCGAGCUCCUCCCUGGCGCUGCCAAUCCCAAGCACCGAGUACGGCCCCACCUUUUGGUCCUUUGAGCCACUUAUCCGGGACAGAGCAGCGGGGGCGCGCGCGUCGCAGGGGUCAGGCUCCCCGCUGAAGCUAUGGCAGCCAUCAGGAAAAAGCUAGUGAUUGUGGGAGAUGGUGCCUGUGGGAAGACCUGCCUCCUCAUUGUGUUCAGCAAGGACCAAUUCCCAGAGGUCUAUGUACCAACUGUCUUUGAAAACUACAUUGCUGACAUUGAAGUAGAUGGGAAGCAGGUGGAGCUGGCCCUUUGGGACACGGCUGGGCAGGAGGACUAUGACAGGCUGCGGCCCCUCUCUUACCCAGACACUGAUGUUAUCCUCAUGUGUUUCUCCAUUGACAGUCCAGACAGUUUAGAGAACAUACCAGAGAAAUGGACGCCAGAAGUGAAACAUUUUUGCCCAAAUGUACCCAUCAUUCUAGUAGGAAACAAGAAGGACUUGAGAAAUGAUGACCACACUCGCAGGGAACUGGCAAAGAUGAAACAGGAGCCAGUGAAACCAGAGGAAGGGAGAGAGAUGGCAAACAGAAUCAAUGCUUUUGGUUACCUGGAGUGCUCAGCCAAGACCAAGGAUGGUGUGCGGGAAGUGUUUGAAAUGGCCACUCGGGCUGCCUUGCAAGUCAGGAAAAACAAAAAACGCAAAGUCUGUCCCCUCUUUUAACAAGGGAGCAUUGGCAAAGGAAGUAACUGUGUUGUCUCAGCUGUAUCUGUCUUUCUACACAACUCAUGGAUGCAACCUUGGGGUUGGGAGAAGAGCUGUUAGCUCUGUCUAGAGUAAAAAUUUAACAUGUUUGUUGUGCCCUUUGUCCCCCCCCCCCCCCCCCACUAGUUAGGGCUGCCUGGGGCACGCUUUGAUAGAGACCAGGUUGCUGGAAUCUCUGGGCCAUACUGUCCUCCCCAGCACCUUUCAUGUUUGAGGGCCAGACAUUUCUUGAAACCUCUCUGUAAACACUGUUGUUUUUGUAUGAGGCAGGCUAUGUACCUGAAUUAAUUCUGUAUUCUCUUCACUCCCAUUUUAUAUCAAUCUUGCCGUUUGAUGCCUGGUAUAGAUUAAUUUAAUCUAUCAUCUUAUCUUCCCAUUCUUGCAAAUUAAGGAAGCCACAUUUGAUUGCUGAAUAUUGCAGUCUGUGGAGUCAUUCCCUACUUAAGAUGUGUAGCACUUGCCUCUCUCUACACAAACUUGUUGAAGCAAGUGGAUGCCUUGCCAAAAUGUCCACCUCUAUUUCUGUGAGGAGCUGAGCUCUGUUGUCAUCAGAAAUGUUUUUUUGCUCUGUGUUGGUGGGCAGUGCCUUGUAUAUUAUCAAUUCUGUAUUCUCUCUACUACUAUUAAAUUAAAUCAGAUCUUGAAACAAAAUGGAUUUUGUAUUUUUCUAUUGGGCCAUUAAAGCACAUGAAGCUUG